CGGCCUCGCCAUGCGAAGGGUAGUAGCGAUGCUGAUGAUAAUGGCAGCCUCUGCUCCCCGAUGUGCAGCAUUUUCUUCCAGCUUCCUUUCCUAUGAGCGUCGAGGAUCACAGGCUUUCAAGAUGCUUUCGAGGCAGUCUACGCGAUCAUUCUCUGUCUCCAUGUCGGGAACCUCGCAGGGAAGGGCAAGCGCGGCGGUAGCUCAGAGCAAGGAGAAGUCAACCGGCAAGAAAGAAAAGCUAGAUCUGAAGCCUCCCAAGGGGACGAGAGACUUCUACCCCGAGGACAUGAGGAUGAGAAACUGGCUCUUUGGCCACUGGAAGGAUGUUGCUCGCCUGCACGGGUUCGAAGAAUACGAUGCGCCUGUGCUGGAGAGCGAGGAAUUGUACAUAAGGAAGGCGGGCGAGGAGGUCACCCAGCAGCUCUACAACUUCGAGGACAAGGGGGAGAGGAGAGUCUCACUGAGACCGGAGAUGACGCCUUCUCUUGCUCGCAUGGUCAUGGCCAGGGGAAAAUCGCUGACGUUGCCGGUGAAAUGGUUCAGCAUCCCUCAGUGCUGGAGGUACGAGCGGAUGACGCGAGGGAGGCGUCGAGAGCACUACCAGUGGAACAUGGACAUAUGGGGUGUGCCGGGCAUCGAAGCUGAGGCGGAGCUGCUGUCCGCCAUCGUAACUUUCUUCAAGAGGGUCGGCAUCACAAGCCAGGACGUUGGGAUCAAAGUGAACUCCAGAGCUGUCCUUUCUGAAGUCCUGACGGCCAUGGGAGUUCCUGCUGACAAGUUCGCGGCCACCUGUGUGCUGGUGGACAAGCUGGAGAAGGUGAAGCUGGAUGACAUCCGCGGGGAGAUGCAGGAGCUCGGGCUCACGGACGAGAUCAUCACCAAGCUCGUUGCCACCUUGUCCAUCAAGGAUCUUGACGCCCUAGAGCAAACACUCGGGAACGGCUCCAAGGCGCUGGCUCAGCUGAAGCAGCUCAUGGAGUAUGCGGAGGCUUACGGGUUCAGAGACUGGCUCAUUUUUGACGCCUCUGUGGUCCGAGGACUCGCAUAUUAUACUGGGGUCGUGUUCGAAGGUUUCGACCGCAAGGGAGAGCUCCGUGCGAUCUGUGGAGGAGGGCGAUACGAUGAGCUCCUUGCAACGUUCGGAGGGGAGCCGCUUCCUGCCGUUGGGUUCGGGUUCGGGGACGCGGUGAUCGCAGAGCUGCUCAAGGACAGGAAUCUGCUCCCGAACUUUGACAACAACAAGGUCGACGUCGUUGUCUUCCCUCUCUCCCCAUCGGUGUAUGCCUCCGCGGCUGCCGUCUCGGGGGUCGUGCGAUCCAAGUCGAUCUCCUCCGAUCUUGUCCUGGAGGACAAGAAGAUGAAGUGGGCGUUCAAGCACGCUGAGAGGCUCGGAGCAUCGCACCUGGUGAUCAUAGGCGAGGACGAGAUUGCCAAGGGGAUCGUGCAGGUCAAGAACCUUGCUAAGGGAGAGCAGGUGGAGGUGGAGGUCAGCAAGGUGUCGGACUUCAUCGCUGAACAACUUGCGAGUAGUUAGUGAUAAUUCGC